GUGUCGCUACUGCAAUAGCUUUUACAACCCGCAUUGCCCAGCUUUCACAAUGUCGCUUCUACGAUUACCUCCGGAGACUCUAACACAAAUCUUUGAUCAAAUCGACCCAUCCUUUUUUCGCCAGGAUUUAGGCCGUCUUACAGUCUGCAAACACUGGUUCGAAUUUGCCCUUCCUGCGUGCUUCAGGUCCAUCGAAUUUUACCAGGACGACCUACGGGAACUGAUUGCCUCUGGGGUAAUGAAAAGAUUAUCUCCAUUGAAAGACAGCUUGGCAAUCUUAGACCUUAAACUGAAGGGAUACCGAGCCUGCCGCCACACGUCCUAUCCUCGAGAUGAUGACCCCUGGGGCAAUCAUUAUAAAACCUGGAUAAAAUUCGUAAAUGACGACCUCGCCCAACUUGCCACUAUAGCCCAACUUGCCACUAUAGCCCAACAAUCCCGCAGGCUACGUACCUUACGCAUACGAGCCUGGAACUAUCCGCCUCCUAAGACCACCGACGGUCCCAAGGAUUAUCUAUCGCUACCCAUGAUGCAAAGUUUACUCUCGUUAGAGAAUCUGAGCGUUCUGGUGCUGGAUAUGACCCUCGGCUUUCAAUAUCCACCAGGAGAGCAAGGGAGAGGCUGUCAUGUCUGUCCGGCUAUCGGCUCUCUUCUUCGUACUCUUCGAACCCUUCACCUACGCAUGCAUAGCAUCUGUCCUGAUUGUUUGAAACCCCGAAAUCCCAACGAUAGUCUACACUUGAGUGCGGUGGUCGUCAACCUAAGUCUGAACACACCGAGCAUAACGUCCGCCUCUCACUCUAAACGAUGCGGUUCCCAAGCCGGAGGGGUGCUUCAGCUGAAAGCCGACAUGCGAGAACAGGCAGGAAUUCUCGCAACCCGAAUGGCGUCCCCGAAAACCGUGAGGAUCCUGACCCAUUCACUCCCGCAGUUUGACAUGCGGUCAUUGGACGUCCUGACUGGCAAGACUAUGCUGCUGGACGAUGAUAUGGCUUGGGACGAAGAUGGCAAGACUAUUGAGGAGGACUCAGAGCCAGAAUCAGAGCUUCUAGGCGAUGAUUUUUCUGACUUUUCUGAUUUUUCUAAUGUUUCUAAUAUUUCUAAUGUUUCUGAUUUUUCAGACGAAUAAUGUUGUUUUAACGGUAUGGCCCUGGCCCCGGCGUCCUCAACCCGACCCCAGCGGCAACCCAGGUUUAGGAGCAGAGACCUUGCUUAGCUGCGCGAAGUACCUGUGAGACUUUCACCUGCUACACCCUGUUACUAAGUAGCUCAUGGAGGCGCCGACCCGAAGCCUUCCCGAUAAAACUGUUAGAACACAGGAACGGAAGAAGGUAGGCCGGCCCCAGUCUCGGGUCCUUGACGACGGCGACGGCGACGGCGUAGCGCAUUGGUUGUUGUUCGGCAUUCUUCAAGCGAUAGCCAGCUAGUUGUCAGUAUUGGGUCAUAAAAGGGGGCGUGCUAUAUCCGAUUUACCUUUGACAAACGUCUGAUAUCCAGGGUUAUCUAAGGAAAAAAGGGAGAAAACCCCGAGUUUUCUAGAUCUUAUAGUCGUAUGUGAUAAGUGUGUUGCGUAUUACUACCUCUUAUAUCUCAUCGUUAAGUACAUAGUAAGACGGCAGACCAAAACCCAUCGGGUCUACAACAACCGCCGCGGAUGAGGUCAAAACUCUAUAUGUACCUAGGUUAGAAUUGUCACAUAGACCAAAGCUAGAGAGAGGA